GCGCAGAAGCUUGAAGAAGAAUUGGAUAGCAAAAUUUUGGUAUGGAGGCGCUUUUGAACGCUCAGCUUUCGGCUAGAUAAGGCGUUGUACAUACGUCCUUAUUCACUCAGAAGACGUCGACAAAAAGCCGAAGCAAUUCGAAUCUGAAUGCAAUGGCAUAUCGUAGGUUUACGCCUCAACGGCACAUAGAAACACUCUGCCGUUUGUAGUAUGUUUCCGCUGCUCGUACUGCCGAAAAAAACUCAACAUGUACGGCAUAGGUCACAAAAACAGAACCCGAGAUUCUACAUCUCCCUCGACAUGACAGCCCAAGAAGAUAUUUUCAUUUCUACGCGCAGCCCAACCCUAGGCCCUUUAAACCCACACCACCUGUCAAGCAAAAAAAAGACUAUAAAUGAGCAAAGAUAUGUCGAGAGACACCCACAGUCACAGCCCUCUAGAGGCGUCGACUCGCGGCUGAUAGGAAAAGUGUAUCACAUUCAAUUUUGGAGGCCGGGAACGGAAGGAAACCCACAGAGAAUCAGGUUAACCCUCAGCAAGCCGCUAUGCGGAGCCGCCGUUGUGAAUUAUUAAAACAUUUGACGAUGUAAGAAUAACCCAACUGAUGAUGGGAAAAGGAAAAAAAGAAAAUUCGCAAAGUCUGGCAGCGAAGUUCGAGUUUUAUUCUUGCUCGGGAGUGGAAC